CCAUCCAGAAGAGGACGGGACACGGAGAGAGGAAGGAGGAAAGGCAGGAGGCCGAGGAGGGGGGACAGCCAGACCCGUUUAAAGCCGCCUGACGGAGAGGACGACGAGACACAAAAACACCGCUGCCCAGACACGAAAACAGGACGAUACCAGGACACGAAACAGUCGACCGUUUUCUACUUUUGUUGUCCUCUCGCGAGAAACUCAUCUUUUUAAAGCAGAAAUGGCUCAAGAGACCAACCAGAGCCCGGUCCCCAUGCUUUGUGCCAUGGGCUGUGGUUUCUAUGGCAACCCACGAACCAAUGGCAUGUGCUCCGUGUGCUACAAGGAACACCUGACGCGACAGCAGAGCAGCGACCGCAUGAGCCCCCUCAGCCCGAUGGGCUCCACUGCUAGUCCUACCUCAGAGGCCUCAGCCAUCCAGAGACUAGAAGCCAGUCUAGCCAAGGUUGAUGCCUCCCCUGCCUCGUCACCAGACAUGUCUAGGACUGUUCAAGGCUCUCUUCCUGUAACUCAACAGAUGACAGAGAUGAGCAUUUCCAGAGAUGACAAGCCUGAACCCCUAGAGCCUGUUAUAAGUCAGCCUGCUGCUUCUAGCCCAACUCCUGUAGCUUCCUCUAGCCCUGAAGAAAGCAAGAGUGACACCCCCAAACCUAAGAAGAACAGGUGCUUCAUGUGCCGCAAAAGGGUGGGCCUUACAGGGUUCGACUGUCGCUGCGGCAACUUGUUCUGUGGCAUCCACCGAUACUCCGACAAGCACAACUGUCCCUAUGAUUACAAGUCCGAGGCUGCUGCUAAGAUCCGUAAAGAGAAUCCUGUGGUUGUUGCUGACAAGAUCCAGAGAAUAUAGUUUUUUUUUUUCCUUUUUUUGUUUUUAAAAGAAAGAAGAAAAAAACAGCAGUGUUGUCACGAGGAAACACCUUGAGACGGACAGGAGUAUGAGUGAGAACCCUUGAAACGAACACCGGCUCGAACGAUUGGUGAUUGAGAGGACUUGAUUUGAAAAAUCACAAACUCAAGAAAAUAAUGGGGGGGGAAAAAAAGAAAUCUUGUUUGACGGAGAUGCAUGAAUGAUCACCUUUUCUUGUUUUUUUUUUUUUUUUACUCAUUUGUUAGUUUGUUUUAUUCUUUUUUGUGGUGUGAAUUUGCCUCUGUUGAGUCCUUCAUUUUUCUUUAAAGAAUAAAUGUCUCAUUGAAAGCAGACCAGGCAAACUGUCCAGGACACGCUGUGCUCCUCUCACCCAGACCAGGUGCCACUUUGUGCCAAACCGUCCAGUCACUGAACCCUGCUGUGUGGCCAAACACAGGCAGGUCAGACUGUACAACAAAAAGGCUCCACUAGUUCUCUUUCAGCUUAAAAACACAUUAACCACGUCGCCAUCGUUGCACAAGAGGAUUGUUUUUAGUUUGUCUCUCCUAGCUUUAUCUACCUCAGAGCUGCUGUUGUCUUCCCCCUUUUACUUCAUCCUGAGCUUUGACCCUCUGAUCAGCUUGUCUGUGCGCAUCGUUUGGUUGUAACGACACUGUUUCCAUUAGAAACAUCCUGCUAGUUGGAGGACAAAAAAACAAACAAAAAAAUCCACUUUUCUUUAGAUCUGAACGUUUAAAAUAGUCUCAUUAUAAUCCGACGCCUGGUGCGAGGCCGUGCGCACGAACGUGUGGCCUGAGAGGAAGGACAGCGCCCGUUCCUGCUGAGCCUGGUUGGUAGUUUUGUUUGUUUUUGUUUUUUUUUUAGUCUUGAGAUGUAGGUUCAAAAAAUAUGAAUGGAAUAAGUGCAUGAGUUACUCUUCAUCUGAAAGUAGUGUUUAAGAAAUAUCGCUCACUUGUUUUGGGUUCUGGGGGAGUCUUGUUUCCAGAGAAUUGAUUUUUCUGAUGUUUUUUUGUUAACGCGCUAACACAACAUUCAUGUGAGCACAGUGUGUAUGUGUUGGAAUGUGGGUGUGAUGUNCCCCCCCCCCCUCCUGAUCUCCCCCCAGUCGUUUUAGCUGUUGAGCUAACCGGUUUAUCAGCACAUGUUUACAGAAGUACAGGAGCAUGCCAGAGCUAGAUUCAUGAAAAAUAAUAGAAAUCAAGACUAGUCGUAACUUCUCAUCCGUCUGUGGAUCUGUGCGUCUGCUGUAGGGCGCUGUAGAGAAUGAGCGUGUGUAUCUGUGUGUGUGCAUGAGCACAUAUCUGUGCUGAACAGUAUGUUUUCAUAGCUGCCUGACACAUGUAUGUUUGUGACUUGUUACUUUUCCCUCGUGAGGAUGUUUUGUUUUUAUUUUAACUGUGUAUCUGCUUGAGUUCCUUUUUUUUCUGACUCUUAGUUAUAUGCAAAUUUGUACAAAAAAAGAAAAAAAAACAACAAGCUGUGUUGAUAUUUAUGUAUUACAUAUAAUCUUGCUAUCCAGCAGUACAACAGAAUAGUAUCAUGUAAAUAAAACUGUACAGAGAGAGAUAACC